CCUCAUGAUCUGCCUGCCUCAGCCUCCCAAAGUGCUGGAAUUACAGAUGUAAGCCACCGCUCGUGGCCUCUGAAUUUGUUUCUCUGACAAAAUUGGUGGUUAAUGUUUAUUUGAUGUUAAAACUCAGUCAAAGAAAAUAGGCUUUGGGAUCCCACUCUGGACCCCCACUUAGUGCCUGUAGAGUGAAUUGACAUUGCAGUUCUUGCCAAGGAGAGGUUAAUUGGAGAUGAAAGUAGUGUUGCAUGUUUUAUAUUUGCUAGUAGGGGAUGUGCUGACUCUUACUAAAGAAACAUCUUUAGAAAUGUCUUAUGCAUUAUAAUUUAAUCCAAGUCUCUGAUAUUGGUUUGGAUGGUUUUCAAUACAAGCCAAGUAACCAUUAAAUAAGAUUACAUAAUGCUGUAUUUUUAAUUAUCUGAUAUAAUGUAUGGAUUGGUGGCUGGCUCACUGCCAAGUUACAUUUAGUUGUUGUUGAUUGCAAGAGAAAGUGGAGCAGGGGAUUCAAGAUUAAGGUGGUCCAGAUUUGUGUCUAGGUUGAUAAAAGUUUUUUGUUCGUAUGUCAAAAUGUUUUUUAUAUCAAUUUCUCAAAUAUUACAACUCUUAGCAUUACUUAGAAUAAAUGUGGGGGAUAAAAAUACAUUAAGGAAGGAUUAUUACUUUACUUUAUAUACACCUCUUUGUAAUCCACAAAACCCAGUGGCUUAAAACUUGAUUUUUGGGGACCCGUUUUGGAAAACAUUUCGGAUUUGCUUGAAUGCCACAGACUUGUAAAGUGAGAGAGUAAGAAUGAGAAUUGCAGAAUUGUAUUUAGGUAUGGUGCCUUCAUGCUGUAGUUUGUGAUUUUCUGUUUUGUCCAAAGGAAGAUGUGAUUAUUUAGUUUUUAGUUUUGUAUUGUUUUUCUUUGUGUUAUCAGGUUUUUUUUGUUUUGUUUUAUAAGAAAAUGCAAUCCCUCAGUAUUAGAUAUGCCAUGUCUUGAGUUUUAUGCAGUGUAUUAUGAUUAAAAGUGACCCAGUGAUUGGGAGGUACAGGGUUUUGGUACUGAACAUUAGUAACAGGCUUCUAGAGAACCUGCCACGCCGGUUAUCUGUGUUGGGUCCUAGGGGUAGGGAGGAAAAACAGUCUGCACUGGUGAGAAGCUCCUGCUCUCCUCCGUGUGCAUUUGAGAAUGAGUUUUCAGUUUGUAGAUGCCCUCUUUGCUAAGGGACAUCCUAGUCCUUCAAAUAUGCUGAACUAUUUAGUGAUUGGAUGGCUUAGAUUUACUAUUAAUAAAUCAGCCUGUGGACAUUUUUGAGGCACUUGUUGGUACUGGGUCAUGUUUGUAAUCUCGAUAUUAGUAACAGCUCAGAGAUGGAGAGGUUAUUAGCCCAGGUUUUCAGUUGUAGAAACCAAGAUUCUGACAACUAAAGUGACUUGCCCAUGGUGACAUGCUUCCGGUCAUAAAAUGUCAGAGUGAAGGGUCAAGCUUUGUUCUUUUACAAGUUCGUUGUUCUUUUUACCAUGUCCUACUGACUCUCAGAGGUCUAAAGGGCUAAGUUACUGGUCAACCUGUGGUGGUAUAAUUAGUGAAUGACAGGAGGAGAAUGAAAACCCUAGCUUUUUUUUAUGUGCAGUUUGUUUUUUCUCUAGCCUGUGCUGAAUUGAAAGAUAAAUUAUAUAGCAUCCAUUUUCAUACUUCAUUCUUCACAUUCCUGCCCUAAGAUAAAUCCUCUGACCUUUUUCAAAAUGGGUUGGAUUGCCUAUUUUCUGGUGUCACUUAACACCUGGUGCUCUUAGGGUGUGAUCCUCGUCACACUGCUUUGUUUGGAUCUUUGUCUUUCCCGGUAAAGAGUGAGUUCCUUGGAAGGCAGGGCCUGGCCUUUCCUCUGUAUCUUCAGCACCUAGCAUACGUGUUAGCACAGGGCCCUGGGAACUCCUGUCUUAAUUUCAGUGUCAUGUGUUAAUUAUCAUUAAGGGUAGCAGAAUCAGAAAGUAUAUUUGGAAUUUCGCAGUCAGUGAAGAGCUUUGCUGCUAUGGCUUUAGAGGACCUGAAUUGGAGGUGGGGAUGAAGUCAUCAGUUCUGCCCGUAUCAAUGAAAGAAGGUUCUAAGUGAAAUGCAGGGUUGAACAAGCAGAAAAACAUCCCAGUGCUCUUUAAAUGUGGUUGCACAGUAGGGAUCCUUCUCUAGGAGAUAAUGAAAAGAUGUUGUCAGAUCUGCUUUGAAUCAGAUGUUUGUUUACUUUUAUUCUUCAGGAAGUUAUGAAAUCACUGCACUCUCAUCAAUUCGCUCUCCUUCUCUAAACUCCUAAUGAUAUUUCUGAUGACAGAUUAAAAACAGAAUUUUGGAAGCCCUAGUCACAUGCCAAAGAAGGUUUCUUACCUGAGAGAGUUAUUCUGCAGUUUCAGAUGCCGAAGGGAAACUCAGAAAGCCAGAGGAGCGAUUGAAAUCGCAAAUUGAACGCCAACAGCAACUUUGAUAUCAAAAGCCCCAUUUGCCUGUUGUCACCAGUCCCACUGAGUGAAGAUAGAAUGACUUGUAUCUUCUACCAAAACAAUAGAAGGAGAGUGUUUCUUGGCAUUGGGGAUGAUGGUUAUUGUAAAAGCCACCAAAUUGAGAGCUCUUCUGUGCCAGCUGCUUUCUGUGCAUUCUCUCUCAUCCCCACAAGAUCUUGCAAGAAAUAGAAAAGUUUCAAAAAGGAGAAGGCAAGGAUGAAGAAAAGUACAUCGAUGUGGUGAUUAAUAAGAACAUGAAGCUGGGACAGAAAGUGUUAAUUCCUGUAAAACAGUUCCCUAAGUUCAACUUUGUGGGGAAACUUCUGGGUCCACGUGGCAAUUCUCUGAAGCGUUUACAAGAAGAAACUUUGACAAAAAUGUCCAUCCUUGGGAAAGGUUCCAUGAGAGACAAGGCCAAGGAAGAAGAGUUGAGGAAAAGUGGAGAAGCAAAGUACUUCCAUCUCAAUGAUGAUCUCCAUGUUCUCAUUGAAGUGUUUGCCCCACCUGCAGAAGCUUAUGCCAGGAUGGGACAUGCUUUGGAAGAAAUCAAAAAGUUCCUCAUCCCUGACUAUAAUGAUGAGAUCAGGCAAGCACAGCUCCAGGAAUUAACAUAUUUGAAUGGUGGUUCAGAAAAUGCAGAUGUUCCAGUGGUUCGAGGGAAACCCACCUUGCGUACAAGAGGUGUACCAGCCCCAGCAAUAACCAGGGGAAGGGGAGGAGUUACAACACGGCCAGUUGGAGUUGUAGUACCACGAGGGACGCCAACUCCUAGAGGAGUCCUGUCCACCCGAGGGCCAGUGAGUCGGGGAAGAGGACUUCUCACUCCCAGAGCAAGAGGAGUCCCCCCAACUGGGUACAGACCUCCACCGCCACCCCCAACACAAGAGACUUAUGGAGAAUAUGACUAUGAUGAUGGAUAUGGCACUGCUUAUGAUGAACAGAGUUAUGAUUCCUAUGAUAACAGCUAUAGCGCCCCAGCCCAAAGUGGUGCUGAUUACUAUGAUUACGGACAUGGACUCAGUGAGGAGACUUACGAUUCCUAUGGACAAGAAGAGUGGACUAACUCAAGACACAAGGCACCUUCAGCGAGGACAGCAAAGGGCGUCUACAGAGACCAGCCAUAUGGCAGAUACUGAUUGUACUGUCUGAUGUUGUGAAAUAGCCAAUCUCCACCAGUCCUGUAUACUGUUCAAAGAAAUGUCAGCCAUCUUGGAAUGUCACAGGAACUGGUUGAACACCUGAAGCAAAAAAAGGAACUUUCCUUCUGUUUAUGGACUGCUUAAGAAUAGUCAACUCACCAACGUGCCUAGUCAGUAAAUGAAUCCGCUUGGGAACUUGAAAAACAUCUUAAUUAAUUUUUUGUUUGCAUAGUUUUGUGUUCUGUGACUUGUUUUUAUUAUAUGGUAUGCUUUUAAUUUGGAGAACCUACUUUUUUGAAAAAAGGAAAGAAAAUCUAUCUUAUUUUGUUGUCUCCGAAUAACAAAAAGAGAGUGAUUUGUAUAGUAGUUAAUAAAGGCUGCCUAUUGAAAUCUCUUCUACUUUAAACCUAGAA